CACUAAAGGGCACUGAUAGGCAGUACUAAUGAGGUGGCCUGGAUAGGCGGCACUGAUAGGCAGCACUAAUGAGCACUGAUAGGCAGCACUGAUAGGUGACACUGAUGAUGGGUACUGAUAGAUGGCACUGACUGGCAUCACUGCUGGGCCGGCACUGACUGGUGGCACUGACUGGCAGCACUGCUGGGCUGCACUGGUGUGUGGCACUGGUGGGCAGCACUGGUGGGUGGCACUGGUGGGCACAGGUGGGUGGGCACAGGUGGGUGGCACUGCUGGGCACAGAGUGGCACAGGUGGGUGCACUGCUGGGCACAGGUGGGCGGAGCUAGUGGGCGCACUGCUGGGCACAGGUGGGCGGAACUUGUGGGUGGCACUGCUGGG